CACUAUUGAGAUGGAUCAACCAACGUGUAUUAGCUGUGACUAUGAACCUGAAGAUCUUAUACGACGUUUAGGGAAUAAGAUGGAAUUACAACAGAUAUGCUUCACCCAUCACCUGUUGAAGGAGACGAGCGCGUGCGAGACGUGUGGGUCAGUGGUCAACCUCAGAUGGGACAAGUUAACCUUUAGAUGUGACCGCCGCACCAACAUCAAAUCACAUAAUAAUAAACGAAUUAUGCAGUUACGUUGUCGUUACUUUAGAUCUGCUAGAAAUAGGACUUGGUUUGGUAAGUCCCAUCUUCCCAUUGAGGAUAUUCUAAAAAUUACUUGUCUGUGGCUAACACCUGGGAGGUCUGUGAAGAAGGUACAGGAGGAGGUCCGUGUGGGUCGUGCUACUGUUAAUGAAUGGUUUGCAUUUUGUCGAGAAGUUGCUGUAUAUCACUGUGAUGGCAUGAAGGAAAAGGUUGGUGGUAAAGGAAAAAUUGUGGAAAUUGACGAGGCCAAGUUUGGAAAGUGGAAGUAUAACCGUGGGCGAGUUAUAGAAGGACAGUGGGUCAUUGGUGGGGUUGAACGAGGCUCCAGGAAACUAUUUAUAGUCCCAAUUAAAGAGAAAACAGAAAAAACACUGGUUUCUGUUUUAAAGGAAUGGGUUCUACCUGGAACCACUAUUCAUACAGACUGUGCUAGUUCCUACAACAACCUCAGUAAAGCAAACUACAAGCAGCUCACUGUUAAACAUUCCCUUAAGAUAGUGGACCCUCUGACUGUAGCUGACUCACAUAACUUUGAUUGCCUUUGGAGAGACAGUGCAGAACUGGAGCGUUUCAGCAGAAAUAAAUACCUUUUCAUUGGCUACUUGGCAGAAUCUCUGUUCAAGCGAGCCUUUCCCUAUUUUGGAUCACGGUUUCAUCAGUUUCUACUAGACAUUGCAAAUCUUUACACACAAGAUCAAGAAGUUGAGAUGCAAAGGAAGCCUCCAAAACUGAAGACCGCCAACAUCAUAAAGAAAAUUAGCAGAAAGGAGAGUCGGCAGGCGAGGACGAAACGGUUGAUCAUGGAAUAUGUACAGCAUAGAAAGAACAGUGUGAAGAUCCCUGCUGAUGGAGGGAAGCAAGUGCUGGGUAUGACCAUAAGGGAAGAGACCAUGGACAGUGAUGAGGAGAUGAAAGGACAAAUUCUGAAGUAUGAUCCAGUUGUGAAGGAGGAAAUAGACAGUGAUGAAAACCUAUCUGAUGAAAACUCAAACCUUGAAGAGUAUCAGAGGAAAGUAAACAUGGACAUUAUCUUGUGUAUGAAGGAAGAAAUAGAGGAUCAAGACAUAUGUGUGAAGAUAGAAAUACAGGAUAGUGACCUAAAUGUGAAAGAAGAAAUGCCAGACAGUUAUGCAGAUUAAAGGGAAGCAGAAUUAUCAGCUGAUGAAUUAAGGGAAAUUUUUAACCUGCCAUCAACCACUUGGUAACUCCCGUUUAUGCGUAAGCCAUUUUGUGACUUCUAGAACAGAAUACCAUACCUGCUAUAGAGUAGGGAGUUGAUCUUAUGGUAUCCCACCCUUCCCUGCUUCAACUCUCACACGGGUAUAGAAGCAAAGGUUGCUUUUUAGAGGCAGCUGUCUCUACCUAGUCAACAUACAGUACACAUCAUGGCACCUACAGACACCUUCAUGAUUUCGAAGUCAAUCUGCCACAUUAUAACUACAGUGGUCUCCAGCUGCCUAUCUAAGAGAACAGAUUCAACUUUUCAAGCUCUGUGUAUUAUUGUCAAGUCAAGGGUUGUGCUCCAAAUUGGUGAAUAAUAAUGAAUACUCAAAGUACAUUUAUAUUCUUCAUUUGCAAAAUUAUGAGUUUCAGCAACAUUUGAGGAACAAAAUUCAGUGCCUUCUGUGCCAUACCUGUGACUGAAUCUUGUUCAGGUUGAUAGAGUCUGAAUACAUUACUGUGUCCACCAGUUUUGAGCAGUUUCUGUCGACUUAUCACCUGAAGAAAAAGUACUUUACAAUAUUCCCUCCAAAAAUGUAUUUAAAUUUCAAAGUACUGUACUGUUUAUUAAAGUAAAUUCUGAAAAAAUCUAAACAUAUGGAAGAAAGAAGUAUUGUUACUUUGUUACUUGCCAACAGUUUUUUAUUAUAUUUAUUUGUUUAUUUUAUUUUUGUUAAAGGAGAUACCCGGUCGUUGUAAUGGGAGGGACAUGCCACUGAAGGGUAUCAUCUAUAGGUACUGUAUUAGGAACCUCAAAACUGCUUGUGUAUUAACAGAAGCUACUUUGCUAUAGGCUGAGCUGGAUACAUUAAUAGGAUUUCAGUAUCAGUCCUUCAUAUAUACUGUACAUUGAAUACAUUGCAAGAGUCUAAUCAUUGAAAACCACCAAUUCACGGAGCUUUUGCUUGCAUGUACUGUACACUCUCACCAAAAACUUCUUGAAUGCUAUAAGCACUAUACAAUCUGAAAAAUGAACGAAGAAUUUGAAACCAUUCCGAGAAGACAAGCCCCAUUCUCACACCCAUCGUACCCAGGUGUUGGAGAACUUUUUGUUGUUGGUGUUCAUGAAUAUUUUCUGUAUUUCAUUGAGAAUGUUGUAAAUUGUCUUUCUCUCCUUCAUUUGUUUCUAUUUGGUGAUAAAUUUCUCUGGGUAAUAUUUCUGAUACAUUUUUUAUAGAAUGCACAUUAUUCCAUAGGGAGUGAUUAUCAAUAGAACCGUAUAUGGGAAUAGAUUUUAUUUUUAAGUCAUUAUUUUUAUACAUGAUGUGAAGGUAACAUCCCAUAUCAAGUGCUUCAACAAGGGUAAGGGUCUCUGCAGCCAGUGUACAGUACUUUUGAUAAGUCUUUUAAUAUUUUUUUAUUCCCAUGCUAAAGGACAACUUCUACCAUUUUCACCUUACUAGCACAGGUAAUGCAAUACAAUAUAACCUCCAGCACUGGGGCAUAUGAAGCAUCACUGAAGACUACAAGUUUUACAGUUUUUAAUCUAGAAAUAGGAACAUUAUAAAGAAUUAACAUUUUUUAACUUAUAAUAUUAUUUGCUUCAUAUAAUGGUCAACAACUGGAUUUCUAAUAGAACUACUGUACUCAAUUCCAGUACAUGAUAGCAUAUAUCUGAUCUUGACUGUAUGCAUAACCAAGUCAGCUGAUCAAUGAGACAUCUAAGUUGAUCACUUUCUUCUUUAUUUAGUGCUCCCCAUUUACUUGAGGCCCCAGUAUCAUAGGAAUAGAUUCAAUACAGUCCAGAUAUUAGUUUUGAUUCAGAGUGAUUCCAGACAUAUCAAGUUUAGCAUCCAGACCAAUAUAUCUAAAUACAAUACACCACUUUCUUCAUUUCCAAUUAUGAAUUCCGAAUUAAUUUUCUGUACAACUUGAGAUUCGAAUAUGUCUGAACCCCCCCAGAGAAAAUCAUCAAUGUGAUUCAAAACCAUACCAGAAAUCUGUCCCCCAUGAUACCAUAUAAACACUGCAGGGUCUCUCUUGAGCUGCUCACAUUCCAGGUUCAGCAUAACAGCCCGCACAGAGAAAUACCAGACCCGUGAAGUAUCACCUAAACCAUAAACACAUUUAUUCAUUUUCCACAGUAUUUCUCCUGAAGUAUGUGCUUCCUAGGAGGCUUUAUAUAUACUUCUCUUUGGAAAUUAGUGCCCUGCAAAAAUGCAGAUUUAAGAACCUAUAAAUUACUAAUUUUCCAGCUGUGAAAGUCUACUCUUGUACCUGAUUCUGAUAUGUCUUCUUCAAAGCCUCUGACUACAAGCCUUACUUUAACUAUAGAAUUGUUAUUCAUACCUUGUUUCUAAGUACAAUACUUGAACUGAGGGACAAAAAUUGCUGUCCAUUAUCUGGUACCUCAGUAUGCACAUUAAAAUCUUUCCAGUUGUGCAACUCCAUAUACUUGGCAGCUCUGAACCUCUGCUCCUCCAUUCUAUUUCUCACAACACUAACCUCCUCCUCUACACUUUUCUGUUUCGUAUGUCCACUAACUCCUUUCCAGUCUUCUAACUCAUUUUCCCAGUUCACUGCCUUGGCCUCUCCAUUUUCUUUGGCAAUAUUCAGUCUGUGUUCCCUGUCUCUCCAGUGGGUGUCUUCCUGUCAUCCUCUGUGCAGUAGGGGAUUGCAUACCACUAAAUCUUCCUCGUCCACGACCUUGUACGUACCUUCUGUGAAAGAUAUUGUUCCUGUAUUCCUAUUCAGGCAUUUUAUACUGAGAACGACCAGUAUCUAAGGUGUCUGCUGUCUCGGGCUCCGUUUUUAUGGUAAUUUUAGUUUUGUCCUCUGAUGCAACAGAUUGCUUCCAUAGAAAUUUAUUAAGUAACAGGACAUAUGGUCAGGAAGGGUGGUUUUUUUUUUUUUUUUAAUCAAUUCCUGUUAACACUAAUUAUUUUUCAGUCUGUGAUAAACAUGCACAAUCCACCACCUUGAAAGCUAAUGUAGGCUUUGGCAUUUCUAUGUAAUGUGUCUUCACUAAAUUGUACAGUUUGUUAUACCUCAUUAUAUAAUCAUCCAUUGUCAUGAGAACCAUUAUCUUAAAUCUAUCAAGCUUUGACCAUGACUCAUAUGCACUUACCAGUUAAUCGUUCUUGUUCACUUAUCAAGAAAUUACAGCAGUACUUUGAGACCAUCAUCAUCAUCAUCUAAACUUGUUAUAUCCAACUCGCUGAAAACCUUGUCUCUUGCCCCACUGUCCUCCGGGAAUGACAGAACAGCUGCUAAUCUCUGCUUCUUCUUGGUCAGUUUCAUAACCUUCAUCCAUGCUUUAAUUUAAAUUUUCCAUCUCCCUAAACGCUUACUAAAUGUUGUUGGAAUAUUAUAUCCCUCAGCAACUGCCAUAAUAUGUUGUACAAGUCACAGCGGGUCCGGCAAACAUGCGGUCAUAGGGCGUCUCUCCCAUACUUCACAUUUGUCACUUUACCACAUCAUCACACCGUCACAGAAACUACGCUCUACUAACAUGUUAAUAUUAAAUAACAAUGAAGGGUAAUUAUAAUCUGAUCAAUGCAGUAACGGUGUAUUAUUCACCAACACCUUUAUAGCAGUUACUUGUUGCUUCUUCUCUCACCAACGCUCCUAAACAAAAGAGCAAAAGUAUCUGCUCUGUAAGGUAUACAGUAUAUAUACUGUUAAAGUAAUUUAUAAUAUGAAUUAUACAAAGAUUUAGAAAAGCAAAUAAUAAAAUACAAUUAUUGUUAAUAAUAAAUAUUGCAUGAAUGUAUAUUUAUACAUAUGAGUACAUCUAACAGUACUGUAAUGUGGGGUAAUAAAGGCUCAGUGGGCACCAGGCACAUGUCAGCUGCUCAGUGCCUCACAUGUGAGAUAAUUAUACAUACAACAGUACAAUCAAAACACCUGAUUCAAACACUAACCCACACAGCCUUUACCUGGCUAAAUAGUCCAUAGUUUUAUAUUCUGUAUAUCAUAAUAUCAUGUGAUUUUUUAUUGAAAAUUAAUAUAGUCUUUUAAAUAAGAUGACUUAAACAAGCUGUUUAAAGGCUGACUGUAUAGAUUUACUGUAUUAUUAAAUGCAGUACUGUAUUUUAAUGUGUGUAUACUCUGUUUAAAAUACAUUACUAUUUAUUUAAUUACUGUUCUGUACUACGGUAAUUGUUUUAUGUAAUUUCAGUUUAUGUGUCUGAUAUGUUGGUAAAUCCUGUAUGGUUGAAGCCAUGUGUCACUUACUAUGUGUGUAUAGGAAGAGAUACAUGACUAUAACUUACUUGUGAAGGGAGGGAUUUAGAUCUUUUUUGUAGAUCUGAAGGAAGAAAAAAUUAUCAGAGAAUAAAAUUAGGUUUGAAUUUUCACAUUGCAUAUGUUCUCCAGUUAAUUAAAAAGUUAGUUAAAAAGUACCAGUACAUGUGGUUAAUUUUAUACAGUGAUAUCCCCAUUACCUGGAAUAAUUGGUGCAAAGCUCUUAGGGGAACGAGAAAUUUCCGGGUAUUGAGACAAAUUUUCUCAUCUCCGGAAAAAUAUGCACAACCCUAGAUUUUUUCUUGGUACAGUACUGGGGAAAGUUUUCCAUGAGCCUAAGCUAUGCCUCUCGCAUGGAUAGACACAGAGCUGUAUUUAAUUAUACAAACACCACUGUACACAAGCAAUAUAUUGUAAAUAAACAAAAUAUACUUCUGUAAGUACUACCGUAUACUGUACUGACCAGUAGGUGCUGUCGUCUUGGGCUUGUGAUGCAGGCAGGUCAAAUGGUGAUAUGAUGAUACAGGAUGGCCUGCCUUUGUCCUGUACCAUCUACUGUAGCAGGUGUUACUGUCACUAUGCUCUACCUUCAUGAUAGAGGGAUUGUAUAUGCACUGUAUUUACUAAACAUACACCUCUACACAGUAGCCUACAGUAGGCAUGCACUGUCCACUCUGCUAUGUACAGUACUUUCACUCUUAUUGAAUAUACAGUACAGUAUAUGUAACUGUAGUCACUUUUUACAUCUUGACACUUUUAACAUAUUCUUGGCUGAUUGUGUCCUGGUACAGUAAUGUACAGCAUUGCACUACAUAAAUUGUACGCAAAAACAGCAGCAAGCGAGGGAACAAUCUUGUACAAUGGCAGGAGAAUAUGAACUAAUUGCGCGAUCCUCUGGUCUAAGUUACACAAGCAACUAGCCCUUCAGUAUUGGGACACCACUUUUAAUAUUUUAUUUGGCAUAGAGGGCAACCCAUACACAAGUGGUUACAGUAAUUUCUGUAGAGAGAGUGAAGUAUGUGUCAGAGUGUAUGAGGGAAACAGUUGCCAUUAAGUAAGUUAAGUACAGGUAAAACAUACUCCAGAAGGGACAUGUAGAAAGCAUUAGUGUGCAUGACUGUAGGUGAACACAAAUGAGUGACUGGAAGAAGGACAUGUUACAGAUACCUGAUGGUGUGAAGACCUUAUUUGGGGUCUUUUUGUUGAAGUAUACCUUAUAAGACCACAUAUUUUAUAUUACUAUGAAUGAAUAA